AUGGAAAGAUCUUUUCGCAAGACUUCGUCAGAGGUGACCCUGACAGGUUACGGAGCUGACAGAGACAUGACAGGUUACAGUGCUGACAGAGAGACGUCAGGUUACGAUGCUGAAAGAGAGGCGUCAGGUUACGAUGCUGACAGAGAGACGUCAGGUUACGAUGCUGACAGAGACACGCCAAGUUAUGAUGCUGCCGAUGAGAUGAAAGGUUACGGCACUGACAGAGACACGCCAGGUUACAAUGCUGACAGAAACACGGCAAGUUACGAUGCUGACAGAGACACGUCAGGUUACGGUGCUGACAGAGACACGCCAGGUUACGAUGCUGACAGAGAGACAUCAGGUUACGAUGCUGACAGAGACACGUCAGGUUACGGUGCUGACAGAGAGAUGUCAGGUUACGGUGCUGACAGAGAGACGUCAGGUUACGGUGCUGACAGAGACACGUCAGGUUACGGUGCUGACAGAGAGACAUCAGGUUACGAUGCUGACAGAGACACGUCAGGUUACGGUGCUGACAGAGACACGUCAGGUUACGGUGCUGACAGAGAGACGUCAGGUUACGGUGCUGACAGAGACACGUCAGGUUACGGUGCUGACAGAGACACGCCAGGUUACGAUGCUGACAGAGACACGUCGGGUUACGAUGCUGACAGAGACACGUCAGGUUACAAUGCUGACAGAAACACGACAGGUUACGAUGCUGACAGAGACACGUCAGGUUACGGUGCUGACAGAGACACGUCAGGUUACGGUGCUGACAGAGACACGUCAGGUUACGAUGCUGACAGAGAGACGUCAGGUUACAAUGCUGACAGAAACACAACAGGUUACGAUGCUGACAGAGACACGUCAGGUUACGGUGCUGACAGAGACACGUCAGGUUACGGUGCUGACAGAAACACGCCAGGUUACGAUGCUGACAGAGACACGUCAGGUUACGAUGCUGACAGAGACACGUCAGGUUACGGUGCUGACAGAGACACGUCAGGUUACGGUGCUGCCGAUGAGACGACAGGUUAUGGCGCUGACAAUGAGAUAACCGGCGAGCCGAGGUAG